AUGCGAGUGUCGGCCAAGUUGGACGAAAAUAGCCAGUACACCUCCUCUUUAAUCCGCCGCCAGGAGCAGGCGCACGCAUCCCUCCGCCAACAGCUCCCACCGCACAUCUCCUCGCGCCCAUCCUCUUCCUCGGGCAGCACUCGCAGCAUUCGCCGCGUCCCGCGAAUCCAAGGUCUUGGCCAACCAGCGGCCUCACGACUGCGAUCCUCCUCGCUCGACUCCAACACCCUACCGUCCUCUUCGCCACCCCGCGCGGCCGUCGCGAAGCCAACCUUCCACCGCCGAGCUGCCAGUGCCCACUACAGCACCACCACUCCACAUCCUGCCCUCCGCAUCUCGCGCCGCACCCAUUCCGCCAUCCUCUACGCCCUUGAGGAAGCCAUCCGCAAGCCGCACCCCUUCACCGUGGACGAGAUUGAAGAGAACGCACAGAUGUCCGACCUCGCCGGUGGCAGCACCGCGCGAGCUUCCAAUGGCGGCGCACGAACUGGCGGCCCCGUGCCUGUGGGUGGAGGUACAGGGGGCACACCCAUCCGAACUCCACGAGAUAUUAUGAAAGAUCGCAACGAGCGAGAGCGCAGACGGCAGGAGGAAGAGCAAAGACGAUUGGCGGAGGAAAGAAGACGAAGUGCAGAGAGAAGAGCUGCGACGGUGCAAGGCGCGGCGCCCAGAUUUAGUCAGUCCUCGUCGCAGUACAGCCCUGAUGUAUCUGCACCGCAGGCUGGUUUUGAAGGCGCGGGGGUGGAGCGCAGAGAUAGUCGCAGGGCGGGCGAGGUCGCUGGCAGCAAUGUCUUGGGUGAUCCAACCGGCAGAGCAUCGCAGGAGCCGCCCCGGACACGAGGUCCCAGCGUUUCCCAACCGCAACAACCACAACCACGUCCUGCCCCUGCCGCUGCAACCGCCGCCGCUCCACGUCGGACCCAACCCAGCCAACAAGCUCCACGACAACCCCAGCCAUCAGCUUCGACACCCGCCCAGCCAGGGCCCUCAGCACAGCCAUCUGCUGCUGCAACCACACCUGCCGGUGAUGGCUCCCAACGAGGCACAUCAUCGUCCUUCCCACAUGCAUUCGAGAGGUGGGAGACGUUGUCGUCACAUUGGGAGGGUCUCACUUCAUAUUGGCUGCACAAGCUGGAGCAAAACACGGAGGAGAUCCGGGAGACAGUGCCAAACGCGUCGACUCUGAACAGGCAGAUUACGGAUCUGUCUGCGGCAGGUGCCAACUUAUUCCACGCCGUCGUCGAGCUGCAACGACUACGUGCCAGCAGUGAACGCAAGUUCCAGCGCUGGUUCUUCGAGACGAGAGCCGACAAUGAGCGAAAUCGCGAGGUACAAGCAGGGCUGGAAAGGCAGCUCAAAGCAGAGAGACAGGCGAGAGAAGAGUCAGCACGAACACACGGUGACAAUGCCAUUGCCAUUGAGAACGCCAAGCGAGAGGUCAGCGAGAUGAGGCGUGAGCUGAUGAUCUCCAAAGAUGAAGCUAGACGUGCGUGGGAAGAGCUCGGUCGACGUAAUCAGGAAUCACUCGAUACAGCUCAGAGCUUGAAAGAAGGCAGAGUCACCUUGGUCAGUGGUGUGCAGGUGGUGCCAUACUUUGGUGGGCCCGCCAGUCGAGGGACUGGUAGCAUCAGCCAAGGACAGCAGAGACCUGUCACCAGAGAUGGGACUUCGGGAUAUGGUGGUACGGGCAUGGCUUCUGCGGCUGCAGCUGCUGGAUUGCAAAGCCCUGGCGACGAGCGGCAGUACUAUCGUGAGGAAGCUGCCUCGCCUACCAACACGGAUCCAUUCACCGACAGCGGCCGACAACAGCAGAUGCAUCAGUCACCUGGAACGCAGUCACUGGCGCAGGGUACCUAUUACCCACAGAACUACCCUCAAGGUGGUACGCCCGCAUCAGCAGCGACGGCGUCGACUGUCAUCCCAGCAACCAGCCAGUUCCAGCAGAGUGCAGGCUCGCCCAGUCAGGCACGAGCCGGCCAGCCUUCAGUCAGCAGUUCAGAAGCCCAACGCUUCUACCAGCACGGCGGCCAAGGUACGCAACUCCUACCACAGCAGGCGGCACAGACAGCACCCGUCGCGAGGGAGGAUGUGCGAUCAGAAGCUCGCUCAGAAGUCAGCUACGUCGACACGCUGAGUGAAGGCGACACCGAGUAUGCAAUCGAUGCUGGGGGCAACAUCCGCCAUGACGAGCAAGGACGUCCCAUCGUCUUCCGCCGGCGUGGACCUGCACGUUCGUCAGAGAGCGAAGACGACUUCGACACUGAGGAGGCUGUCCGCCGAGAGCGUGAACUAGCGGCGAGAUAUGGCAGUCAGCUGAUACCCGAGGCACCCUCAGUACCAAGCACAUCUGCGCAGGCAAUGGCGACCUUUACACCUACCAGUGCCGAAGAUGCGACGUCGAGCGGGGCCCCGGAUUACGAGGGCGAAGGAUAUGAAGGCUACCAGCAAUAUGUCCCAAGACACCAUCAUCCGACGCGACUGAGCGACGUACUGGAAGAAGAGGAAGAGAGGAGCAGUCGCCGCACUGGUGGCGAUUAA